AUGGUUAUUACAUCAUCCAAACCUGAAGCCAUUACUUCUCUUAUAUCUGCACUUGCCAAUGCUUUUCUUGUCAAAGAUCUUGGUAGAUUGUCUUACUUUCUUGGGCUUGAAAUUGAUUACUCUAUCUCGGGUAUUAUCUUAUCCCAAAGGAAAUACACUAAUGAUUUGUUGGUUCGAAGCAAUAUGCUUCAUGCCAAACCUAUGUCAUCUCCUAUGGCAGCUUCUCUUAAGUUGUCACAAUUUGAUGCACCUGAAUUCAGUGAUCUUACCUUAUUCAUAAGUAUUGUAGGUGGAUUACAAUACUUCUCUAUGACUAGACCUGACCUAGCAUUUGCUGUGAACAAACACCUCAUUUCUUGGAGUUCUAAGAAACAAAAGACGGUUGCACGAUCCCGCACUGAAGCUGAGUACAAGUCCCUUGCCUCUACAGCUGCUGAGUUGAUUAGGCUCCAGGCUAUGCUUUGA